AUGGAACUUGAAGAUAUUUAUGAACUAAAGAGAUCUUUAAAGAGUUUUAAUAGGUGGUCUGAACUGGCAGAAAAGAAAUCAAGAUUACCAAUAUUUACAAGAGACAGCGGAUGGACUACUCCAAAGAGAGACCUAGCAAAAAUAAACAAAAACUCUUCACUAACAAAGACUAAAACUAGAAGAUUAGAAUUACUUGAAAAAAAAUAUGUUUUAAAUAAGGUUGAUACAAACUACAAUACAUACUCAGCAAAUAAACUAGAGAAUAAAGUAAAUCAAACUGACUUUGAUAGUCAUACAUCUACCAUAAAGACUCCCAGAGAUAUAGCUGUACUAUGCCAAACAGUCAUGGCUCAUCCAGAAGAAAAUAUAGCCCUUCUUGAGUGCCUACUGUCAUUUUGCGAAGCUAAUAGAAUUAAAGUAAAUGGAGAUUUAACCGAGUUGGCAAUAUUAUCCUUAACAUUAGUUAUUAGAGAUAUUGUACCUGGAUAUAAAAUAUCAGAACAUAUAAUGAAUUUAAGUAUAACAAAGACUGAUAAUGUAAUGAUUAGUAAAGAUUUACAAAAAAUUCAAUCGUUUGAGAGGAAGAUUGUUAAUAUUUACAAAAGAACAUGUCUUCUACUUUGCAAGAUUUUAAAGUCUGUUCAUUACAAAUUUAUUAAUAAAAGAUCAAUAGUAAAAGCAUCAGCUGAUUUAUUAGAGUUUACAUUUCACUUUAAUUAUCAUGUAAUACUGUUGAGAUGGUUAAUUUUAUAUCUAAUGUCAAAACACAAGGAAAUAAACAACACAUACAUAGAAUAUUGUAGUGACUGCUUUGCAAAUAUUUUAACAAGUGAUAUUAACUUGCAAAUAGGAGUAGAAGCUCUUGAGAUAAUUCACCAGGUAUUAUUUCUAGAUAUUAAAUCGAAAAAAAGUCUCAAAUAUAAGUUAACCUGUUGGAUACUGAAGCCAUUCACUAAAUAUUCACCAUGGGUUAGAAUACAAGAAUCUAAAACUGAAAUGGUGCGUUUAUUUGGUAAGAAUUCAUCAUCUAUUAAUAAAGAUAUUUCUGAAGAACUACAACAAACUAAUAGUACAAGAGAUAAUAUUGAAGUGCUAAAAAAAAGAGAAGAAAUUAUUUUGACUAAACUUUUUGCCUUAUAUGCUAAAGUCCUUAUAAUAGAUGGAGAAGAUUUAGAAUAUAUAUAUUUAGGAAUUUCUCACUAUUGUCAUAGAAUAAAUGAAAAACUCACUUCUGAAUUAAUUGAACUUAUAAAAAAUAAGUUAUUUAAUGAAAAUUCAUUUACAAUUACAUGGGUAAAUUUCUUUGUUAUAAUGAGAACUGCAGUUAUACUUUUAAAAAAUUUAGUUAAAUCAAAUGAAGAAUUAGAACGGGAUCAAUCUUGGAUAAUUCGUUCAUUAUUAACAAGAAUUAAGGAAUCUGAAACUUUUCUCAAUAAAAUUUAUAAAUCUCAUAAUAAACUUAAAUCUAAUUUAAAUAAUAAAACUCAUAGUAUAGAUGUAAGAGAGAAUAAUCUGCAUAAAAAUGAAGUAUUUAUAUCAAAUAUAUCUAUCCUUGGAUAUAACAUCUCAGAUUCAAAUAAAUAUAAUCAAAUAAUUAAUACAUUUCAAAGUAAUGAUCUGAUUCACUUAAUAAUACAGAUUUCAACAAUAUGCAGAACUAACAUAAAUUAUCUAUACGUAUUGUUAUUAUAUCUUAUAAAUAUAUCAUGGUUCCUUUCUAUAUUGGGAAACUCAAUUGCAAGUUGUAAUUUGAUGUUUAUUGUUGCACAGUUAAUAAUUAAGUUUCCGAAACUUAAGAUUUUGUUAGAUCCAGAAGGUAUAUCAUGUAAUGAAUUUCCAUUAGAUAAUGGGUUUACAUCAAAUUUGAAUUACCAAGAGAUUUCCAUAUGUAAUUUGUUAGUUCAAUUUAUUGAAAGCCAAGCAUGUGAUACUGUGAAAUUUGCUUCUGCUUCUUUGUUAACAGAAUCUCCUGAUGAAAAAGUUAGGAAUAAUGCAAUUUCCUUCCUGAGGUCAAGUAUUAAAGGUAUAAACCAAUCUAAUGUUGGCAAUAUUACUCCAUCUUAUUAUAUACUUAAAUUUAUAAAUCAGAUGAGAAAUAGUAAGGAAAAUAUUUUAAACUAG